GUCCCCAAGAAAAGUAUUUCUCUGUUUGUGUAGUUUUCUUUACCGCUGAAUUUUCUCUUCGUUUUGUGCUUCAAACAUCCCCAAGAUUGAUCAGACCCUUGCUCAAAAUCGAUACUUCCGUUCUGGGUUUUCAGAAGAUGGUCCAGUACCAGAGAUUAAUCGUCCACCAUGGAAGAAAAGAGGAUAAGUUUCGAGUUUCUUCAGCAGAGGAAAGUGGUGGAGGUGGUUGCUACUCUAAGAGAGCUAAACAAAAGUUCCGGUGUCUUCUCUUUCUCUCUAUCCUCUCUUGCUGUUUCGUCAUGUCUCCUUAUUACCUCUUCGGCUUCUCUACUCUCUCCCUCCUAGAUUCGUUUCGCAGAGAAAUCGAAGGUCUUAGCUCUUAUGAGCCAUUUCUCACACCUCUCUGCUCAGAAAUCUCCAAUGGAACCAUUUGUUGUGACAGAACUGGUUUAAGAUCCGAUAUAUGUGUAAUGAAAGGUGAUAUUCGUACAAACUCUGCUUCUUCCUCAGUCUUCCUCUUCACCUCCUCCACCAAGAACAACACAAAACCCGAAAAGAUCAAACCUUACACUAGAAAAUGGGAGACUAGUGUGAUGGACACAGUUCAAGAACUCAACCUCAUCACCAAAGAUUCGAACAAUUCUUCUGAUCGUGCCUGCGAUGUGAACCACGAUGUUCCUGCUGUGUUCUUCUCCACUGGUGGAUAUACCGGUAACGUUUAUCACGAGUUUAACGACGGGAUUAUCCCUUUGUUUAUAACAUCACAACAUUACAACAAAAAAGUUGUGUUUGUGAUCGUCGAGUAUCAUGAUUGGUGGGAGAUGAAGUAUGGAGAUAUCGUUUCGCAGCUCUCGGAUUAUCCUCUGGUUGAUUUCAGUGGAGAUGCGAGAACACAUUGUUUCAAAGAAGCAACCGUUGGAUUACGUAUUCACGACGAGUUAACUGUGAAUUCUUCACUAGUCACUGGGAAUCGGACCAUUGUUGAUUUCAGAAACGUUUUGGAUCGGGGUUAUUCGCAUCGUAUCCAAAGCUUGAUUCAGGAGGAAACAGAGGCGAAUGUGACCGCACUCGAUUUCAAGAAGAAGCCAAAACUGGUGAUUCUAUCAAGAAACGGAUCAUCGAGGGCAAUAUUGAACGAGAAUCUUCUUGUGGAGCUAGCAGAGGAAACAGGAUUCAAUGUUGAGGUUCUAAGACCACAAAAAACAACGGAAAUGGCUAGGAUUUAUCGUUCGUUGAACACCAGCGAUGUGAUGAUCGGUGUACAUGGAGCAGCAAUGACUCAUUUCCUUUUCUUGAAACCGAAAACCGUUUUCAUUCAGAUCAUCCCGUUAGGGACCGAUUGGGCGGCAGAGACAUAUUAUGGAGAACCGGCGAAGAAGCUAGGAUUGAAGUACAUUGGAUACAAAAUUGCGCCGAAAGAGAGCUCUUUAUAUGAAGAAUAUGGGAAAGAUGAUCCUAUAAUCCGAGAUCCGGAUAGUCUCAACGAUAAAGGAUGGGAAUAUACGAAGAAAAUAUAUCUACAAGGACAAAACGUGAAGCUUGACUUGAAAAGAUUCAGAGAAACGUUAACUCGUUCCAUGAAUGCAUCUGGGAACGGCGGUUCAAAGAAACCAAAUGGGUUCAAGGACUUUAUUGAAAGUCUAACUGCUGUGAAGUCAGAUCUGAAGAACAUGAGUACGGAGGAGCUGCUUGAACUGAAGAAACUGUUGGAAAAUGUGGUGAUUAAGGCUAAGGAAGAGCUGGAGAAGCCCAUGAAGAUGAAGCUGAAGCUUAAGAGGAGGCGAAGAGAUUUGACCAAGGAGGUGAGAGUGAUCUGCGAUUUCUGCGGAUUAUCCAGCAGCCGCAGAUAUGAACUAAGACCACACAAACAAGAACAUGAAGCACUGUCUAUGGAGAGCGAACUCAAGAGAUUACGGCUUUUGACCAGGAGAUUGACUGGUAAGGAUCUCGACGGUUUGAGUUUCGCGGAGCUGCAAUUACUUAGAGACCAUCUAAACGAUGUCUUGGUCAUUGUGACUAACCAAAAGAACAAAAUAAAGCUGGAAAAGGCUGAAAGGCUGCGCCAACAGAAGAAGGAAGCAGGGGAUGAGAAUGAAGGUCCGAGGACAAGGGUUUUGGUUCCUCGCAGAUCCUCUAACCGCGGCUCCGGAGAGAGACAACAGAAACAGGAUGAUGGAUCACCACCACUGUCGCGAACGCAGAUAGAAUUCGAGAAACGAAAAGCUGAAUCCAUGCACAGCGAAUUCGAGAGAUUAUGGCUGUUGAAGGAGAGAAUGAAUGGUAGAAAGCUGACAGGCAUCACUGGAUUAGAAAAGACCCUAGGAUAUACCAAUCAGCUUUAUAGAAACCUGAAGAGGGAUGAAGGGGAUGAGGAUGCUUCUGGAGUGAGAAGCUAUGGAUCCAUCCAGUCAAAAUUUGACGAAGAAGAUGAGAGUGGGGUGCAACUUCUGCGAGUUCUCCAGCAGCAGCUGCGGGAAAAAGUGGAGAGAUUACGGUUUUUGAUCAAGAGGAUGACUGGAAGAGACGACGAUGCAAAUUUCACCGAGCUGCAAGCACUUGAAAGCCAUCUUAAGGAUGUUAAGCGCAUUGUGUUGGACCAAAAGAAUAAGAUAAAGCUAGAAGAAGAUGAAAGACUGCGCAAACAGAACAAGGAAGCUGAGAAUGAGAGUGAUGGUACGAGGAGAGGGGUUUUGGUCUCGACGAACAGCUCUGGAAAAAGACUGGAGAAACAAGAUGAUGGAGCGAUGCUGCUAGAAAGGAAGAGUAAUUUCGAGAGAAGAAACUUUGAAUCAUUUCAGAGCGAGUUCGAGAGAUUGUGGCUUUUUAACGAGAGAAUGAACGGUAGAGAGCUCGAGGGUUUGUCAUCCUCCCAACUGGUCUCACUUUACUGUCAGAUAUCACGGGCUUUGUUGGAUUUGGAUGACCAAAUGAUGAGACCAAGAAGGGAACAAAUUGCAGCAAGGGAGCGCGAAGAGAUGUCGAUAAUGGGGAGAGGAAAGAUUAAGAUGAAGUUGAAGGGGAGGCGAAGAGAUUUGACGAAGAAGAAGAAGAAGGUGAGAGAGCUCUGCGAUUAUUGCGGAUUCUCCAGCAGCACCAUUAGAUAUGAUGAACAAAGGCCACACGAACGAGAUCACGAAGCAGUGUCUAUGGAGAACGAACUCAAGAGAUUACGGCUUUUGACCAGGAGAAUGACUUGUAAGGAUCUCGACGGUAUGACUUUCCCCGAGCUGCUAUUACUUGAAAGCCAUUUAAAGACUGCCUUGCUCAUUGUGAAGGACCGAAGGAAGAAGAUAGAGCUGCUUAAAGAUGAUGAAUGGAUGCUUCUACGGAGGAAGGGCGAUGAUCGUGUGGGGAUAGAGGUUACUGUUCCCUGCAAAUUCUCUACCAGCAGCACGGGAGAGAGACAAGAUGAUGAAGCACCAGCACCGCCGCGGCUGUCGAAACUUCAGCGAGAAUUCGAGAGACGAAAUGCUGAAACCAUGAUGAUUGAAUACGAGAGAUUAUGGCUGUUGAAGGAGAGAAUGAACGGUAGACAGCUUGACGGUAUGAAUCAUGGCGAGCUGGGCUUACUUGAAGUUAAGAUAGUAAUUGGAUUGCAGGAUUUGCUGGAGCAUAUGUAUGCACCAACAAGGGAACAAAUCGCUAAGAAGCGCAGAUCUCUGUUAAGAGAGGUUCCGGGAACUGAGCAGGAGAGAUGUUCAUUGGAUGAUGAGCAUCAUGUUCCAUCACCAAAUGUUUCAAUAAAGCUCAAAGAUCCAAAGACCAAGACUAGAGGAGUGUCCUGCAGUUUCUGUGAAUUCUCCAGCAGCAGAUAUGGAUGCAGCUCUGAAGAUAAGCUGCUGGAGCAAGACAAUGAAGCAAUGCUGCGGAAAGAAGUCGAGAGAUUACGGCUUUUGAUCAAGAGAAUGACUGGUAAGGACGAUGGUGUCAGCUUCACCGAGCUGCUAGCUCUUGAAAGUCACCUUAAGAAUGUCCUACCCAUUGUGCUGGAGCAAAAGAAGAAGAUAAAGCUGGAAGAAGAUGAAAGGCUGCAAAAACAGAAGAAGGAAGCAGAUCAUGAGGCUGAUGGUACGAGGAGAGGGGUUUUGGUUCCUUGCAAAUUCUCUGCCAGCAGCUUGGGAGAAAGACAGGAGAAUCCAAAUGGUGGAGCACCACUGCUGCAAACGAAGAGGGAAUUCGAGAGACGAAGCCCUGAAUCCUUGCAGCUGGAAAUGAAGAGGGGAUUCGAGAGACGCAGCUCUGAAUCCUUGCAGAGCGAGUUCGACAGAUUAUGGCUUUUUAACGAGAGAAUGAAUGGUAGAGAGCUCGAGGGUAUGACUUUCUUCGACCUGUCCAUACUUCACAUUCAGAUAUUACGAGCUUUGACGGCUUGUAUUAACCAAAAGUUGGACCCAAUACAAGAACAAAAAGCAUGGCUGCGCGGAGAGCUUGUUUGCCACACCAACAAGGAAUCAGUCUCUGGGUUAGCUGAGCCCGAGAGAUGUUCAUUGGACAAUGACAAGGAUGCUGACACUUCCUUGCAAUGUAGACUUCUUCUCGUUUCAAGAAAGCUCAGAAGAUUCCAUAAUUGUUAUCAGCGGAAGAGCAUGCCGGAGACCAGUGGAUCCAUUAUAUUGAGACAUAUAUAUCAUAAGAAAAUGGUGCCAUACCAAGAACUCUCUCUUCAGAGAAGCUUCAGCUACAACUCAAGAAAGAUCAAUCCAGUGGCUUCUCCGGCGCGUAGCUCACACGUCCGUUCUCCUUCUUCCUCCGCUUUAAUCCCAAGCAUACCUGAGCACGAACUCUUCCUCGUUCCUUGCCGGAGAUGCUCCUACGUCCCUCUCUCCUCCUCAUCGUCGUCCUCUAACAAUAUCGGGAAACUCCACUUGAAGUUUUCUUUGCUCUUGCGUUCUUUCAUCAACAUCAUUAAUAUCCCCGCUUGCAAAAUCCUCUCUCUUCCCUCUCCGCCGUCUUCUUCUUCCGGCGUCUCUAACCAACUGAUCUCACUCGUCACCGGUGGAUCCUCUUCUCUCGGGAGAAGAGUUACCGGGACUCUGUACGGACACAAAAGAGGCCACGUCACGUUUUCGGUCCAGUACAACCAGAGAUCCGACCCGGUCUUGCUCCUGGACCUGGCCAUGUCAACGGCAACUCUCGUCAAAGAGAUGUCCUCGGGGCUCGUCAGGAUCGCUUUGGAGUGCGAGAAGCGUCAUCGAUCAGGAACGAAGCUUUUCCAAGAGCCCAAAUGGACGAUGUACUGCAACGGGAGAAAGUGCGGUUACGCUGUGUCACGUGGCGGGGCGUGUACUGACACGGAUUGGCGCGUGUUGAACACGGUCUCUAGGGUUACUGUUGGAGCCGGAGUUAUUCCGACGCCGAAGACUAUUGAUGACGUGUCCGGUGUUGGUAGUGGAACGGAGCUUGGGGAGCUGUUGUAUAUGAGAGGAAAAUUUGAACGAGUCGUUGGGAGCCGUGACUCGGAGGCGUUUUACAUGAUGAACCCGGACAAAAACGGAGGUCCAGAACUCAGUAUUUUUCUUCUUAGAAUAUAAUAAAUUAAAGAAGACAAUUUGACUUUGUUAAAAUUUGAAAAUGUCUUAAAUGACGUAUUAUUAUAUAUAUGUGAUAUGAUGAAUGCAAUGUUUGUCAUGAAAUAUAUGUAAGCGAUAUUG